UUCGGCAAUGAUGAGUCAGCACAACCAAGAAAACGCAGACCCUUUGAGAGAGGGCUGAGGCAGGGCUGGGCACGAGACUAUGGGGGGAGCUGCGUUACGAUCUAUUACAUAACCUCAUGUGAUAUUUCACGCUUGUGGCAAAUACGGCAAUCUGAUUCGGUGUCUCAAAAGUAAGACUGUCGAGUCAGCACAACAAAGAAAACGCUCAAUAGUCACCAGACCCUUUUCCUCUCUCUGAGUGCGUGCAGGGUCUGGGCACGAGACUACGUGUUUGCUGGCUGCAAGCCCGUCCGUCUUGCGUUCAAAGGAGACUAACUUUUGCUGGUUAUAGUUCUCUUGGAUUCCAGAAAAUAGAGCCAUGUCUGAAGAACCAGACUUUGAAAUUGACAUUUCGACCAGGGGCUUUGCGGAGGAAGAUAGCCCACUCACGACGCGAGAAAUAAACCUCAGAAAAACGUUUGGCUACAGAAGAAUACUGAUCCAACCCUCAGAGGAAAUCGGUCACGGCUCAUAUGGAAGAGUCAUAAAAGCCAAGCUUGACGGUCUUCCUUGUGCCGCCAAACUCCUUCACCACAUCUUCUUCACCUCAAAUGAUCCUCACGUUGCCGACUUCAUUCGACGCUUCAAGCUGGAAUGCCGGAUCCUGCGUCACCUGAAGCAUCCGGGCAUCGUGCAGUUCCUGGGGGUCCUGGAAGACCCUCGACCUCGUAGCAACCGCAGACCG